UUUGAUAAAGCUGUGCAUUGGAAAGAGGUCCUGUAAUAAAGAGGGAUCCGAACAAGCUCAGAAAGAAACUGAAUUUCAAGGGGCUGAGGCCAUGGUCCUGGAGAGCGUUAUGUUUGCCAUCCUCGCCGAGCGGUCACUUGGGCCCAAACUGUAUGGCAUCUUUCCCCAGGGCCGACUGGAGCAGUUCAUCCCGAGCCGGCGGUUAGAUACUGAAGAAUUAAGUUUGCCAGAUAUUUCUGCAGAAAUAGCUGAAAAAAUGGCCACAUUUCAUGGUAUGAAAAUGCCAUUCAAUAAGGAACCCAAAUGGCUUUUUGGCACAAUGGAAAAAUAUCUCAACCAAGUGCUGAGAAUUAAAUUUACUGAGGAGUCCAGAAUUAAACAGCUCCACAAAUUCCUCAGUUACAACCUGCCUUUGGAACUGGAAAACCUAAGGUCACUGCUCCGGUCCACUCCGUCUCCAGUCGUGUUCUGUCACAACGACUGUCAAGAAGGUAACAUCUUGCUGCUGGAAGGCCGAGAGAAUUCUGAAAAGCAGAAACUGAUGCUCAUUGACUUUGAAUACAGCAGUUACAAUUACAGGGGCUUCGACAUUGGCAAUCAUUUCUGUGAGUGGAUGUAUGAUUAUACCUAUGAAAAGUACCCGUUUUUCAGAGCAGAUAUUCGCAAGUAUCCCACCAAGAAGCAACAGCUCCAUUUUAUUUCCAGUUACUUGGCUGCAUUCCAAAAUGACUUUGAAAAGCUCAGUAGUGAAGAAAAAUCCACUAUAGAAGAAGAAAUGUUGCUUGAAAUCAAUAGGUUUGCCCUCGCGUCCCAUUUCUUCUGGGGACUUUGGUCCAUCAUCCAGGCCAAGAUUUCCUCCAUUGAAUUUGGGUACAUGGACUACGCCCAAGCGCGGUUUGACGCCUAUUUCGACCAGAAGAGGAAGCUGGGGGUGUGACCGCGGGGACCCGUCCCCCUGGUCACUGGACUGGCGCGGCGGAGCGGGCCCUUCUGCUUUGGCGACGGCACCUCGGCGGGAAGGCCGUGGGCAGCUCACUACUGACACGGACGUGUAUGAUGACUACAGACUGUAUUAAAGCGAGUGACAUUUA